AAUCGCGCCGGACACGGCCUUCCCCUGUCGAUCGGAGCUUCGGGACAACACGUGCCGGGCCGAUACCCUUGGGAUCACGACGAGAUCGAGGCCAAUCUAUGGGGUCGUGCUUCCACCACAACAAAAUCGAGCUGCUGGCCCAGCAGAUAAUAGCAGGCCUGCUCCAAGUUCCACUGUUAGUGCAGAAGCUCAAAUCUGUGCACAUGAGGCAGCAGAACUGAACAGCGAUGACGAGGGUCAUGAUGUCAAUGUUAAGAGAACCUCCACCAAAACUGAAGGCGGUAGAAAAAGAAGAUUUGUAUUUGAUUUCUCGGAUGAAGAAGAUGAGAAUGAAGAUGCAGAUAAAAUGGAAGUUGAUGAAGUAAAAGUGAGAGCGGAAGAACACCACCAGCCGCCAAACAUUGGAUGUGCUCUUUGAAGGGCCAAAAUCAUGGUUCCUCCAAGGAUGUAAAUGAUAAAGUGACAAAUCCUGCAUCAACCUCACUGAAGAAGCGAAAGGUUUUGAAGACUAGAACUGAUGAGCAUGGGAGAGAAGUAACCGAAGUGGGCUGGGAGGGUGAGGAAGAAUUGAAGAAAGCAAACUGUGCUAUGGUUGGCAAAUCUAAAGAUGACGGAGCUGCUGACACCACGAGCAGAAGCUCAACAUGGUCAAUGGAGUGCUCUUUACUGGGGGGUAGGCUAAAACUGGAUUGUAUUAUGAGACUGUGAAGGCAAUUUUCAAGAAAGUUUUGGCGAAGAAUGAUGCUGGUGACCACUUCCCAUUGUAUGCCAUCUGUUUGGGCUUUGAACUAUUGACAAUGAUAAUCAGCAAGGACAAAAGCAUUCUCAAGGAAUUUAAUGCUGCCGAUGAAGCAUCCACUCUACAAUUUAUGAGAAACACAAACAUUGAAGGAACAGUAUUUCAAAGAUUUCUGCCAGAUUUGCUUAAGUUGAGUGCAGAUUGCCUUGUCAUGCAAAUUCAUCAUUAUGGCAUAUCGCCAGAAAGACUGAUGCAGGACACCAACUUAACGAAUUUCUUUAAGGUCUUGACAACCAGCAUGGAUGGAGACAACAAGGUCUAUGUCUCCACAGUCCAAGCACACAGUUACCCUGUAACUGCUUUCCAAUGGUAUCCAGAGAAAAAUGCUUUGAAUGGGGUUUGUCCAUGAUACCACACUCAGAUGAUGCCAUUCAAGCUACACAGCAUCUAGCAAACUUCUUUGUCAGGUCAGAAUUUGUCGAGUAAUUUCAUGCUGCAAAGCAAAUUGCGUUUGAAAUUUCCAUGUCAAAGUUCUUAAAUAUCUUGUAUCAUACACAAUUAUGGUUACAUGAACUGUGCUUGUGGUUUAGUGUUUGCUUUCCACUCAGUUUGAAGGGAAAACACUUAUAAUUCGAACUUGUUAUCCUGUGGUGAGGCUAGGAAGUCCGUAAACCGGGCGUCCGCCCCGAAGUGCUUGACAAUCUGAUAUAUAAUUACAGUCCCACGUAUUGUGAGAAAGCAGGGAAGGGAUAUGACGAGGUUUAUAUCUUUACGUGACUGCGUCACCCCCAUUUUUAACGGGCGCCAAGUCUCCUAUGCUGAAGAAGGCGCUGUACUGAAUUGCUCGAAAUCAGAAAUUUGCUCUUUAUGUAAAUGAGAUCAUAGAUGUAUGGACAUUAUUAUUUUAAUGGCAAGUGUUGAACAUUGUCCUAGUUAUCUGAA